AUGAGAAUGACUCUAAAAUCAAAUAGUAAAAAUGACAAUGACUUUUGGACACAAUUAAUUUCUUAUGUAAAUGAAGAUGUGGAUAUUUCGGCGGAUGAAAUAAAUAAUUCGGAACAUUUCUUAGCGAAAUUUUUAAAAAAAGCUGAAGAUGAUCGAAAAUUACUUGAUCAACAGUUUUUUCCCGGUAAUUCAGUAUCAGUGAUAAAUCAAUUAAAAACAACAGUUAAACAAGCAAAUAUAUUAUUGAAACAACAUGGACAGUUACAAACUGAAGAACGAAAAUUAUCGAUUGAAAUAAAAACGCAUGAAGAUUUAACUGAGACUCUUGCACAAGAUUUUCGUAUAAACAUGAAACGAUUGAAUGAAAUGAAAAAAACUGUUUAUUAUAUGAAAUGUUUAGAACAAUUUCAAAGACAAAGUGAAAAUUUAAAACGAUUAUUAGAAAAAAAUCAAAUGUAUGAAUGCAUUGGUGUCUAUGAAAACUUAAUUAAUUUAACUGAAAUUAUCAAAGAUACAUCGAGUGAACAUUUACGUAAUUAUAGUGAAAAUUUAACAGCGUACUGGUAUGAACAGUUAAAAGUAAAGUUAAGCGUACGUAUGGAAGAACUACUGAAAUCUAUUCAAUAUCCUUACAUUAAUAGAACAUCAGCAUCAAUUCUUAACGAUUUAUUCACUAGUUAUUAUGAAGAAUUUAAACAAUGUUUUCACUUGAUAUUACGCAUACGAUUACCGACAAAUUCUAAACAUACAGAUACAAAGUCAAAAUUACGUUUUCCCGGUUGGAAACCAUUGCCAUUGUUUAUUCUAUUUUUAAUACAACCAUUGAAAAAACGUUUUCUAUUUCAUUUUUAUGGUGAUAAGAAAACAAACAACAUGGCAAAAAUUACGAGUUGGAUAAUCGAACAUAAUUAUUUUCUUAGUGUAAAAAUUCAACCAAUUUUAGUUGAAUUUCAAUAUUCACAUAUCAAUGCAAAAAUAGAAUUUAUACGUGGUCUACUAGAACUUGUUGUAGCUAAAAUUGACAGUGAAAUGACAUUUGUUUUGACAAAUACGACUACUUUUAAACAUUAUGUGCAAGAAAUAUUGAUAUUUUCACAACGUUUAUACGAUACAGAUUGUGAUUAUCCUAAAGACUUACCAAGUUGUAUGAAUUUAUUAUGUGAUGAAGUUAUUUUUGAAAAAUGGUAUCAAUUGGAACAAGACACUGCCAAAGUUAGACUACGAGAGAUUUUUCAAUCAUCGACAGCAUUCACGUCUGUUUACGAUAAAAUAUUAGAAAAAACAAAUGAUGAUUUAAAAAUUCCAGAAUGUGCUGAAACAUUUUUAACUUUACUUCAUGCAAUGGAAGGUAUUUACUUAAAAUAG